AAUGUUAGUCGAAGAAGCUCGUUCCAGAGUGAAGCUUAGAGUGAAGGUAGAAAGAAGCUUUCAGAAGGCUCAGUCUUGCCUCACGAAACAUGACAAAUCCACCCAUCCCUUUUACCAGGCUUUCCAGCCUAUCCCAGCCCAUGCAACAGACACCCAACAUCACAGGAGAGAGCAGCAGCAAAAGACAAUCCCUCACUGUAGAGAGAGAAGAUGGAUGGAUCCAUAGAUACUCCGCCACCAGCCUAGCCACCAAGAAACAGGAAGAAGGGGGGUGGGUUUGGCGGGGAGAGGAGGAGGGAGACUGCACUCUACCACUCUCAAGAAUACCCACAUGCCACUCAUUUCAGCUCUGGGAGAGGUGAAACCAUGUCUACCACAGCAGGGAGGGAAGAAGGGGGGGUGGGGGCUCUCACCUCAGUGACAGCAGAAGCUCAACCUUUUGUACUAGAAAAGCAGGCCCUUCAUCCCUUCUUUCCCACAUGAGACCAUGGGGAAUGGCAGGGUGGAAUCUUGGUGGUGGGGGGGAGAAAUCCUGAGAUUGAGAGAUCUUGUACCAUCUUUCUCCAAUCCCUUGUGUCCACUAUGACCAUCUUUGCUCUGAUCCAAUCAAAAGGCACUGUCCCCUCACCCCUGUCCUCUGCCUGCUGGUAAACCCCGCCUCCCUCCACAUUUACAUUUUGGUAACCACAGGCCCACAUGACCUUCAUUUCCUCCAAUCCUCCUUAUACACAAUGUGCACUGCCUCUCCCCACCUCAAGCUUGUCUUCGGAUGGAGAGAUUCCACUGGACUGGUAUAUACAGCACAUACAGACACAUGGGAGGCAGACCUUGGCUGCUCACCCAAUUACCUUUGAUUAAAAUCACAUCAUCCAUUUGACAUGUGGGGCUUCGCACCUCCUUUCUCCUCUCCUGGACUCCUUUGGUUGGUUUAUUCUUCCUUCCUGCUUUGGGACCUCUUGAGGACACUGGAGUGAGUGUGAGCCUGAGUUGGGAGUGCUUAAUCAAUUCAAAAAGACCAUGGUCGUCGACUACCACGAGUUCUGGACAAUGUAGGACGGUAUAUGUCAGCUUGAUUGUUUUUUGUAUGUGGUUUGGGAUUCUCUUUGGCUUGUGCAUGUUGGUUAUUGUUUUCUCGGGAAGGUUGUGUGAUAUGUGAUUCAGUGGACUGCUUCAAGUUGGUCGUUUAGCUGUUUCAGCCUGUCUUCUAUUUUAAUUCUUUUGUCAGCUCAUCUGAGUGGGUUUUGAGGAUCAUGCCAGUUGUGUUUUAUAAGCUGUAGCUGCCUGCAAUUGACCACUUCAAGAGCCAAAUAAACAGUAUUAACAGGCAGCAUUUGUACAGUUGCUGUGAUGAAGAAGCAUGAUACUGGAUCCAGCAUCCCUGCCACGGGAAGGAGAAGUAUCUGGUCAUCUAUGCUUUUGCACAUUAGCGGACAACUGAAUCACGGGGAAAUUUUCAGUUGAUGUUGGAAUACAUUAAUGUGCUAUAGCUAUUGAAUUCUUUCCAUUUCGGGACUCCAUUCAAUCGAAUAGGUUAUGCAUUGUUGUUAACAUUGUUGUCUCUUGUGUCGUCGUCUGCCAUCCAAGAAUCCAUGUUUUGGUUUAUUGGACCAAGUCAAGCCUCUACCAGAUGUCAAGUUCGAUUGCAGCCAUAGUUGGAGCUGCUGCAGGUGGCCUUGCAUUGUUGGCGAUCAUCAUUGGGUUUCUGUGGUUCUACAUUUUGUGUUGUAGGACCCCUGCAAAUAAAAGUUCUGAGACUGGUUCUUCGGACCCAUCUAAUCCAGUGGAAUGGGGUAGGAGAGAUCGGAUAUCAUGUGCUGGUUGUGGUCUUGCAAGCGAACAUCAGGGUGCCAGGCAAUUUACUCUAGAAGAAUUGGAAGAAGCCACCAAGAACUUUAGUGAAAGCAACAUUGUUGGUACUGGCAGUUUCGGUAUGGUGUACAAGGGUUUGCUUCUUGAUGGGACCAUUGUAGCGAUAAAAAGGCGUGUAAGUGUUCCAAGGCAGGCGUUUAUUGAACAGGUUAUGAUUUUAUCAGAAAUCAGGCAUCGCAAUCUAGUUACUCUUAUUGGUUAUUGUCAGGAAGGUGGUCUGCAAAUGCUCGUUUUUGAAUAUUUGCCUAAUGGAAGUGUCUCCAAUCACUUGUAUGAUAGUGAACAACAUUCCCUUACAAGGCUUGAAUUUAAACAAAGGCUUGCAGUAGCUAUUGGAGCAGCCAAAGGAUUAGCCCAUCUGCACAGUCUUUCACCUCCUUUAGUACAUCAAGACUUCAAAACAAGCAACGUCUUGGUUGACGAGAACUUUAUUGCAAAAGUUGCUGAUGCAGGUUUUUUUAAAUUACUACAAGGAAGUGGAGAAGUUGGACCUCAAGGAAGUAGCAAUAUCUUCCAAGAUCCAGGGGUUGGAGAAUUACAGGGAUUUUCUGAAGCCAGUGAUAUUUAUAGCUUUGGGGUGUUUCUUCUAGAGCUCAUAAGUGGCAUCGAAGUGACACAUUGCAUCUCUCAAGAUUCAUACAGUUUCUUAGUCCAGUGGGUGGAAGCACAUAUGGGCUCAAAUGAUCUCAUUGAUCGCCGGCUAGAGAGUGGUUUUACUUCUGAAGGGAUGAAAGAGCUAAUUGCACUGACUUUUCAAUGCUUGAAUCCAUCCGAGCACAGCCGUCCAAAGAUGAGAGCUGUUGUUGUAGAGCUUGACCGGAUUCUUGAGACAGAGAUGGCACUGACAACGGUCAUGGGUGACGGCACAGCGAUAGUCACCCUCGGAAGCCAGUUAUUUACUUCAGCAUGAAGAACAAUUCAUCAAUUUUCUGAUCAUUACCAGAAUAAGAACCAAGUUCUUUUUCAUCCAAGAUUCCAGUUGUUGCUAGUACUUCUGGUGCAGUGCAGAUCAGAUCUCAGCCUUAAGGCAGCAGCUCUGGCUCUGCAUCAGAUUCAAGUCCAAUAGCUUCUACUGAUGACACAUGGAGCUUGUGAAACUGAGAUGCUUUUAUCCUGAGUUGGCAAACUCUAGUAGAUUUGGUGAAGCACAACACCAAGACAGAAAUCAAGCUUCAUGUAUUACUACUAAUACAAUUCUCAUUCAAAAGAUUGUGUUCUGGAUUUCUGUAAAGUAAUAUUGUGGAAGAGUUUAUUGAGGUACAUGUAAUUCUGCAUGUUUGCAGCUUCCCUUCAUCUUCUCCAAAUCCACCAAUGUUGUUUCAUUUCAGUUUGGAAAUUUCUAGCCUCUUUCAAUG